AUGGCGGCGGCGGCGAGGGAGCACGUGGAGAGGAUCCGGCGGGAGCGGUUCUACAUCGGGCGAGAGGAGCGGAACCCGCUGGCGGACGACAUCCAUCAGGCGGUGACCUACCUCUCCCAGGAGCUCUACUCCAAGGACGUCCACUUCCUCAUGGAGCUCAUCCAGUCGCAGCAUUCAGCUGUGGACUCUAAAACUGAGAUGGUGAGAAAUGUGGAGAAUGCGGAGGACAAUCAGUACCCACCAGACGUGCGGCCUGCACUGGAAUUUGUUAUCAUUAAAAAAGAUAUCACCGCUACAGGAGCUGCCUCAACUCUUCUUGUCUUCAACAAUGAACAGGGAUUUUCUGCAGCAAACAUUGAAUCCAUUUGUAGGAUUGGGAAGUCAACUAAGAAAGGAAACAGACAUCUUGGCUAUAUUGGUGAAAAAGGUAUUGGAUUUAAAAGUGUAUUUCUGGUAUCUAGUCAACCACACAUCUUCAGCAACGGAUAUCAGAUAAAAUUUAAUGAAGAACCCUCAGAAGAUUGUGAUAUCGGUUACAUUGUUCCUAAAUGGGUUGAUGAGAAGCCAAGUAUCGAUGACAUACAAGCGGUAUAUGGCUAUUCUAAAAGGCUUCCUACGACAACUAUCAUCUUACCCCUGAAGAGUGAUAAGAUACUCCCAGUGAAGAAGGAGCUAUCUAGCACACAUCCUGAAAUUCUUCUUUUUCUUUCAAAAAUUAGGCAGCUCUCUGUCAGGGAAGUGAAUGAUGAUCCAAAGGCCAGUAAGCUCAGCCAGAUUUCAAUCUCCAGUGAAGUGGACUAUAGGACACAGAAGGAUAUAAAUGCGGAGUCAUACACACUCCAUCUAGCUAUGCAAGAAAAUAAAAGUUGUGAUAAAGAGGAGUGUACCUAUUAUAUGUGGAAGCAGACGUUUGUGGUCAAACCAGAGAGCAGAGAUAAGAAAAGAAUGGAGGUUGAUAAAUGGGUCAUCACCUUAGCAUUUCCUCAUGGACAACGAUUAAGCAGAGGAGCACGGUCACCUGGUGUCUAUGCAUUCCUGCCUACCGAGAUGGUUACUAAUUUGCCCUUCAUUAUUCAAGCAGAUUUCCUUCUUGCUUCAUCCCGUGAGUCUAUCCUGUUUGACAGCCAAUGGAAUCGUGGUAUACUUAAUUGUGUGCCUUCUGCCUUUGUCAGUGCCUUUGAAGCUCUCUUGAAAUCAUCAAGCAAUGCCCCAUCAUUUGCUCUUCCUCCAAUCUUCAGGUUUCUACCAAUAGGCAGUUCUUCCAUACCUAUGUUUGAUUCAGUAAGGUUGUCCAUAAAAAAUAAUAUUGCCACUAAGGAUAUAAUGCCUUGUGAGUCCUUCAAUACUCAGAAGGUCUUCUGCAAACCCAGUGAGGUUGCUAGGCUGGAUGGUGCAUUCUGGAAAAUUCUAAUCAUGGCUAAGAAGCAUGGAAUUAAUCUGCAGAAUCUAUGUUCCCAUGGCACUUUUGUCUUGACCUCCUAUCUUGAUAACAAAGAAUACAAUGAUGCUCCAGAAGAGUUUUAUCUGGAGAUAUUAUCUUUUAUUGCUGAAAAUUGGAGGUUGAAGUUUUCUAAUACAAGCAUGUUGGAUGUACCCCUCAUAAAAGUUGUGACUGGAGCUGACAGUCCAUCAUAUUGCAGUAUAAGUGGAGCUAACAUGCGUUGUAUGAGGAUCUGUAUAGCAUCCAAUGUUAAUGAAUUACCAUGGCUUAUUGGCUGGAACAAGGAACUCUCAACUAACCGUAGUGUGUUCUUUCUGCCCCUAAACACACAGAAGUCUCUUAGUACAUUUUGUAGGAGAACACAGAUUAUUGAGUGGCUUCAGAAAAUUGUGAGGUUGGAAACUACUGGCCUCUGUGAAUAUGCUUUUGCUGUUGUGAAGACUAUUAAUGAGGCAAGUUCUGCUAUUGCUUAUUGCCACUUCCUCUAUCACUCAUAUGCGAAGAAAUACAUUGCUGAGGGGCGCAUUAUGAACCUGUGUCAUGCAAUGCCUUUGUUAGAUAAAUGUGGAUCUGUGAUAAAACAGCGAAAUGUUUUGCUUGUUCCUGCUGAAGGGAGCAAUUGGUUUACUUUGAUUGGUACAAAUCCUUGGAGACCUCAAAAGUAUAUUGAUUUGUCAGAAGAUUACAGAUCUUCAGGAACUUAUGCCGGAAAUUAUACACCUCAAGGUCAUCUCAUAACAUUCUUAAGGACUUAUGUGCAAGCAGUUGAUGUGCCAUUUAUGCACCCUCCUAAUGCCAGUUUCCCCACUGUCUCAUCUCCUUUGGCUAGGGAGAAUGCAUUUUUGCUUCUGCAAUGGAUUAAGAAUAUAAGAUCAUGCAAUGACAAUCUGCCUCAGAACUUCUUAAGCUGCAUCAGAAAUGGGAAGUGGCUAAAGACAUCUGUUGGUUACAAGUCACCAUCAGAAUCUUUUCUAUCAAGUGUAAGGUGGGGAAGCAAGCGUCAGAUUCAAUUCAUUUUUUCUGGUGUGCCCAUAGUUGAUGAAGAAUUCUAUGGAAAUGACGUGCGUAUGUACGUCGAAGAGUUGAGAACAAUUGGAGUGCAGUUUGAGUUUGCAUCUGCUAAUUUGCAUAUUGCUAACCAGCCUUUGACCAAGGAUAACGCUAUUUUACUUUUACAGUGGAUGAGGGAUUUAAGAUUGAAAGGUGUCCAGCUACCUCAUAACUUCAUGAACUACAUUAGGAAUGGAAGUUGGCUGAAGACAUCAAUCGGUUACAGUUGCCCUUCAGAGUCUUUUUUGUUGCCUGCACAUUCUGGAAACUUGGGGGAGAUUGUAUCUGGAUUUUUUAAUGUGGCCAUGAUUGAUCAAGAAUUCUAUGAAAAUAAAAUAUGCUCAUACAAGGAUGAGCUGCAGUCUGUCGGAGUGCGGUUUGAGUUUGCAGAUGCAUCUGCACAUAUUGUCAACUAUCUUACGGCAAAAUCAUCAAAUGGUGCUCUUUCUCGAGCCAAUAUGUUUGUAAUGCUUCAGUUCAUCAGAAACCUAACUGAGAAUAAACUGACCUCUGUAAAUUUUAUUGAAAAAGUAAAAAAGGGCUGCCAGUUCAAGACCUUCGCUGGGAAUAGAUUGCCAGUAAAUUCUAUCCUCUUUAAUUCAGAAUGGGAAAACGCUUCUGUCAUCAGCUUAGUUCCUUUUAUUGACACCCUGUUUUAUGGGGAGGACAUACUUGACUACAAAGCAGAGCUUGUGCUACUGGGAGUUCGUGUUGGUUUGAAGAAGAAUUACCAGAUGCUAGUUGAUAACUUUAGGCUCCUUGGAGAUGAAAUUACUCCAGAUGUCACAUUUCUAAUACUCAAGUGUCUUCGAUAUGCUGAGACACCUCAACAUUUUGUUAAAAGGCUGAAAGAGCUGAAGUGGUUGAAGACUUGUCUUGGCUUCAGAGCUCCUCCUGGAACUUUCCUUGUCAAUGACGAUUGGAAAUGUCUUCUGACUAUUGUUGAUGAUGUGCCACUUCUUGAUUUGAAGUUCUAUGGAGACGAAAUUAGGGUGUAUGGAGAAGAAUUAAGUAAGGUUGGUCUGAUCGUUGGCUUUGUAGAGGCAAGCAAGGCAAUUGUCUGUAGAGUCAAGAAAUUGUUACGUAAUUCUUCAUUUACAAAGGAGAUGGGAGUAGCAAUGAUGGAAUGCUACAGAGAACUUAGCACCAAACAUCAAAAGUUACCGGUUGAUCUUGUCAAGUGCAUGAAGCAUGAAAGAUGGAUACAUACAUCACUUGGAUUAAGAGCUCCUCCGGAAGCAAUUAUUUUCAGUUCAGAAUGGGAAUGUAUUUCUAAAAUUUCCAAUCUACCCUUCAUUAAUGAUGAAGAUUAUUCUGAGUAUGGCCAGGGGAAAGGUAUGAACAUCUACAGAGAUGAACUAAUGGCCUUAGGUGCCAAGACUGAACUAAAACAUGGAGCCUCCUUUGUCAUCUUGGGACUCAAAAUUCCAUAUGAUGCUUCAGCUAUUACACCAGAAGCUGUUAUAUCAUUGCUGAAGUGCAUCAGGAGUUGGAUGGCAUAUGGUUCAGCUUUACCUGAAAAUUUCAUGAGCUCAAUCAACACGAGGUGGGUGAAGACGACUGCAGGAUAUAGGCAUCCCAAGAACUGUCUCCUGUUUGGUCUUGCCUUCUCUUCUCUUCUUCACAGGGAUGAUGGCCCCUUCGUAGAUGAAGUGUUUUAUGGGCAGGAGAUAUUGUCGUAUGAGAGUGAGCUGCGAGCAUUGGGAGUUAUUGUGGAUUCUAGGGCUGGUUGUGCACUGAUGGCACAAUGUCUAAAGAGUUCUUGUAAUGGUGAUGCAAUUUCCAGGAUAUACUUGUAUUUGGAAGCAUCCCGUUGGAAGCCUCGCAAUGCUAACGAUAAUUGGAUUUGGGUACCAGAGGGAAGUGAUCAUGGACAGUUUGUGAACCCAGAUCGUUGUGUUCUUUAUGAUAGAAAUGGCCUCUUUAGCUCUCAACUCCAUGUUUUGGUAACAUGGUAUGAAUAUAAGUUACUUAGGUUUUUUAAAACUGUUUUUGAUGUGAAGGGUCAUCCGACAAUUGGUGACUACCGCAGACUCUGGAUCAUGUGGCAGAACUCGAACUCCACUCCGCCGCCAAAAGAUUGCACUGCUUUCUUUGAAUUUGUUGAAAAGAAUUGGAACCCAGAAAUUGGUAAGUACCUUGCUGGAUCGAUCACAAAAGUUCCUGGUUGCUCAGGAGACCAGAUCUUGCUACUGGAGAAGCAGGAUGUGUUCAUUCCGGAUGAUCUUCUACUGGAGGAUUUGUUCAGUAAGCAGGCCGAGCAACCUUUAUUUGUAUGGUAUCCACCAGCCAUCUUGUCUCUCUUGUCUCCAGCAAAAUUAAACGAGAUUUACAGCACUAUUGGUGUUCAGAAAAUAUCCAAGGUUGUUACACCGGAUAAAGCUGAAGACUUGGAUCUUGAUUCAUUAACCAUGGUUCGCAAAGAAACCGUGAUUAAACCUGGCUUGCUCAUGAUCAUACUAGCUUUCCUUGCAGAUCCUGUCCUCGACAUUCCUGCUGAAAAGAGGCAUGAAAUGGUAUCAUGUCUCACCAAUGCAGCUGUCUAUGAGACGGUUGUGCCUCUCACAGUGAGUUAUCAGGUUAGACUUUCUUCAGGAAGAAUCAUGAAUGUUAAAUCUGCACAGCUGUUCCGCUGGGAAAGGGAGGAGCUCAGACUUUUCAUUACGAAGAACUGUGGAUCGGGGUCGCUGGACAACGCAGAGAGGAUACAGUGUGCAGCAUAUUUUGCUGAGGAGAUAUCGAAAGGAUUGUUGUUUGACAGAGUAGACCGAGUUCAUGCUCUUGCCGAUCUUAUGACGGCUGGGUUUCUGUUGGACUUUGAUGUUCCUGCUGUUCAGUUUCUGUUGAAGUUCAAGAACCUAAGGUUGCUUAAGGAGGAUGAACAGUUCUGCUACCUUGCAACCUUCCAUGGUAACAGUUCAUGUUAAAUGUCAUGAAUUCCCCCUGCUUAUUUGAAUUGAUCUAAGUUAUUUUUAUAUGCAAACCUGCAAUGGACUUGUGGAUCACCGGAUGUAUACUCGUAUGGUCAAAUGCUGGUUUGGUUCUCGCUGCAUAGGGAAACUUCUGUUCUUGGGACGCUUGAAUUUUAGGCUGCAGAUGAGCCAUGCAGAUUCUUGCCUAGCUAUGUUUAAUAGUUUGAAUAUUAUGUUCUUUCCCGAUUCUAUGUCGUUGAGAUGUGUUAUUUGAAUUGUUUGCACUCGCUUUUGUCAGUGCUAAUUAUCUGCUAUGGCAUGAAUAGUUUGUCGUAUCUUGUUUGUUUUAGUCGUGUAUUGGUGCCUUCAUCACUUCUGCCUCUUGUAUUUGCUAUGAGCUCUUAUUGUGGAUUGGAACCAUUGCUGGCACUAAAGAAAUGGUGCAAUAGGUCCUUUUAGCACUAUAUUUUGUACAAAAUUGUAAGCAACUCGAUCAAUCUCAAAUACAGAGACUU